UUAUGUUUAAUUGUGAUUCAAUUUUCUCUUCAUUUGGAUUAAUUUAUUUAUCGAAAGAAAAGAUUAGAUAAGAACGAAAAGUCCCUCCACCUGUGGAUCGUUUUGGUAACUAUUUGAAAAGAAUAGAAAAAAGUUGAGUGUCUUCACAAACUCAAUGUAAUCAACUGCAAGACGCCACCGAGUUUGUAAAACCCUAUCUGGAAAACGCCUGGAAACUGAUCCAGGAAGCCAGGGCGGCAAAAAUGGAAGCAAAAACAAGUUACUCAAAAAAUAAAAAGGUAAAAAGUGGAACUAAAAGGACAAAUGAAAAUGAGAGCGAAGAUCUCACUUCAAGUCAACCAGAGGAACAACCAACAUCAGCUGGUAAGAAGCGACGACGGGACCUGGAAUGUUUAUCACUAUCAGUUAGUGAUAGUGAUUUGGAAGAUUAUGGAAAUUCGGAAGAUGAAUGUAAUGUUGAUGAGGAUUACCCAUUCAUUGUGGACGAAGAAACGGAGAGUCCAGAUGAGAUUCUGCUGAGCAGUGCAAGCAGCACUCUUUCAAGUGUUUGUAUCAGCGAAGAUGAGGUUGAAUGUGUCUUGGCAGAGAAAAGAGAGGAUAAAAAGAGGGAAAAGAAAGACACAAAAAGGAAAAGACAAAAUGGCCGUGACAAAGUUUUCUCUGACCACAAGGAUAAUAACAGAAAUGGUAAAAAGUUGAUACAUCUUGACUCCGACAGUGAUGAUGAGGUGACUGACGAUGGCAGUGAGGCUCAUGUUGUCUGCUUCAUUUGUGGUAAAUAUAAUACAAAGAAAAAAUUUUAUCUAUGGAUCUCAUGUACACUCUGUAAAAAUUGGUUCCACAAAGACUGUACUGAUUUAUGGAGGAAAAAAAUCAAAGACAUCGAGAGAGACAAUUUCGUUUGCAGAUAUCACUGAACAACAAUUCCAUCAAAUUUAUCAUCAUCAUUCUCAAGUGCCCAUUAACCUGAUAAGUACAUUAGACAAAUGAUCAAAAUUCUUACAGACAAAACAAAUUACAAGCACAUAAAAUUAUUCUACUUAAUUAUUUAUUAAUUAUUAUCCCCUAAAUUGGAAAAGAUAAAUUUUAUCAAAAAUAAAGAAAAAGUGCUUUCAAAUCAAUUCAAAA